AAUAAUUUUCUCAUGACUGGUCCAAAGGCGUUUCUUACCUACGCCAGCAGUGUGCAGUUGGGCGCACAGAGAGGAAUACGAGAAUGCAAACACCAAUUCGCUUGGGAGAAGUGGAACUGUCCAGAAAGCACACUUAAGCUAUCCACACUUAACAGCCUCCGAAUUGCCACAAGAGAGACCUCGUUUGUGCACGCCAUCAGCGCUGCUGGAGUGAUGUACACGCUCACCAAAAACUGUAGUUUGGGGGACUUUGAGAGCUGCGGCUGCGAUGACUCAAGAAUUGGCCAGACAGGAGGCAGAGGAUGGAUUUGGGGAGGCUGUAGUGACAACAUUGCGUUUGGAGAAAAGAUCUCCCGACAGUUUGUGGAUGCCCUGGAAGAUGGGCAUGAUGCACGCGCAGCAGUCAACCUCCAUAACAACGAGGCGGGGAGACUGGCGGUCAAAGCAACCAUGAGGAGAGCCUGCAAAUGCCAUGGGGUGUCUGGAAGUUGCAGCAUCCAAACCUGCUGGAUGCAGCUGGCCGACUUCAGGGAGGUGGGGAACUACCUGAGGAUGAAGCACCAGCACGCCAGGAAGCUGGAGAUGGACAAGAAGCCAAUGAGAGCGGGCAACAGCGCGGACAGCAGGAGAGCCAUUGCGCACGCCUUCUGGAGCAUCUCCAAAGCGGAGCUUGUAUAUUUGGAGGACUCCCCAAAUUACUGCAUCAAGAACCUGAGCCUGGGACUGCAAGGCACAGAGGGGCGGGAGUGCCUGAAGGGCGUCAGGGACGUCUCCCAGAGGGAGAGGAGGAGCUGCCGCCGGCUGUGCUACGAAUGCGGCCUCAGAGUGGCGAAGAGACGCACGGAGGUGGUCAGCAGCUGCAACUGCAAAUUUCACUGGUGCUGCACAGUCAGGUGCGAGAAAUGCACGCAGGUUGUCACUAAAUAUUACUGCGCGGGGAAAGACGGUGCAAGGAAACAGCACAAUAAAAACAAACGCAAACCCAUGACGCGCCCACAGUGAUGUCGUUUACCCACGAACAUGUGAUUACCUAAGCAUUAUGGAUUUCUCAGCAACGUUUUGCGUUAUGGAUAUAUUAUUUGGACUCGGAAAUGACAUGUAAGCAGACGCCUGUUAUUGCACUUUCUCCAUUUUUGAUUGAAAUGUAUAUAUUAAACAUUUUAUUAAAA